UGGAACUCGGGAGAUAAAAAUUUAGGGAGACAACCAAUAGCAUUUUAAAAGGCACAGAUGUGGACGUUUGUGGCAGGCCAAGUUUUAGAGACUGUCUACUCACUCCUCCCGGACGCACCUCGGACUGUGCCAAGUUCUCACACAGGGUGGAAGGCGCAUGCGCACACCUAUGAUCACGGGGCGGGGGGUGGGGGCGGCUGGCCGGCAGCUUCCGGAUUGCGCACGCGCGGUCCGUGGCGGUCGCCAUGGAGACGCGUGGCGCUGGCCGGGCGCGGAGCUCCUGCGGCCGCGAGCUGGGCGGCAGGGGUCUUGGGCUGUCCGGGGCGCAGGCGGCGGCGCGGAGGGCGGAUGGACUGCCGCGGUGGAGCCGGAGCUUUGGGGUAUGGCGAAGAGGGUGAGGACGACGAGGAGGAGCGAGAGGGUGGCACUGCGGGCUCUCAGGGGGCCAAACUGCCCCCCAUCGCAGGCAGCGCCUCAGAACUGAACAAACGGAAGGUGAAGAAGAAAAAGAAGAACAAGAAGACCAAGGGGUCCGGCAAGGGGGACGAUAAACAUCAGAGUCGAGGCCCGGAGAGUCGGCAGCCGUCCUCAGCCUCUCACGACAUCUUAAGCCCCAGCAAAGAUCAUGGCCCCAGGCAAGAGCACAAAGAGGACAAAGGUGAACACAAGCCCAUCGCCCCUUACUCCGCCACUGAAAGUCUCCCCCAUUUUGCCGAGAUGGAAGAGAACCUCUCCAAUCAGGUCAACGAAAGCCUGCGCUGGGACGGAAUUCUCGCCGACCCAGAGGCGGAAAAAGAAAGGAUCCGCAUAUAUAAGCUGAACCGGAGGAAGCGGUACCGGAUCUUGGCCCUCAAGGGCUUCCACUCUGACCCGGGCGGCGAGGAGAGCCCCGAGAACCUGCCGUACCUCCCGGAUAAAGACGGCGGCACGGGCAGCAGGCAGCCCGCCCCGAAAGCCGAGCGGCCGGGCCCCGGCUUCGAAGGAAGCCUGACGCCCAAGCUGCCGCACGCCGACCCCGCGGCCGCUCUGCCCGACCGGGAAUCCCGCCGCACGCAGUCUCCGCAACGCCGGGCUUUGCGUUACAGGAGAAUAAUAAUAAAAGGAAAUCAGAGCUCCUGAAGGAAGCAGAUGUCUGGUGUGUCGACGAGGUCAGCCUCUCCUUCCACCGGGCGCCUCGGCGCGGUUCGGAACAUGGGCCUUGGGAUGGACCACGCUCUUCCGAACGCUGCUGGGUUUUUUCUUAGAUAAUUUGGCAUCUCUUUGUUAUUUAAUUCUCAGAUGUCUGUAAUCUCCUCUAAAAGACAAAGUAAUUAUAUCCAUUCUAACUCUUCAGCUAAUUUAAUGAGUAAAACUACUCACACAGCGUGCUUCUCUAGGCCCAAGGAACAUGCCCCAAAUAUCCUGGAGGCAUUUUUUUUUUUUUUUAAAUUGCAGACACUCCCUGCCCUUAUGUGGUCUUCAAAAUAACUGAGUUCCCGAGCUCCAUCCCUGGGAGAUAAUUAGGAGAAGUCUCAAAAGGAAUAUUGCUUCUUUUCUAUAUAUGGUCCUCCCAGGGAGCAAAUUGGUGGUUGCCAGGGGGGAAGGGGGGUGGGGGAAACGGGUGAGGGGGCUCAAUUGUACAGUGAUGGACGGUAACCGAACUUGUAGUGAUCACUUUGUAGCGGGUACAAAUACUGAAGUAUGAUGUCGGACGCCUGAAGUUUAUGUAAUGUUACCUGCCAAUUUUACUUCAAUUAAAUAUAUAUAUAUGUAUGUAUGGGUGUGUGUGUGUGUGUGUAUAAAUACACAUAUAUAUGUGUGUGAUUAUAUAUAUGUGUGUGUGUGUGUGUGUGUAUAUAUAUAUAUUCCUCCUCUAACCCCCUAAAACAGCGUUUAGGAGCUGGAGCAUUAAAAAGGUCCUACCAUACUACUUGUCCUAAAUUAAUCUUCUUCCCUUGCACCAAUAUUUAUUGAGUGAGGGCCCUGUGUUGUGUUAGUUCGGGCUCUCGAGAAGCAGACCCUGAGACAAAGACUCAGAUGGAAAUAGACUAUUUGGGAGCUAAAGGAAGGCUCAAUAGAGAAGGCACACGUAGGGGAGGGGAAGGCAGCCAAUCCAAGGACGUGGUUAAACCAGUUUCCCUAUUGGGUAACUGGAGCUUAAUCCCACCGGGAAACACUGUCACGAUCAUCCCGCCUGAGCUUGAUGGAGCUGGGCUGUUCUACUGCCCAUAGGCAUUGGCUGAGGGAUGUUCCUGGGGCUGCUAAUUUCCUGGUAUUUCCUGGGGGCCUUCCUCAGGCACAAAGGUGCAGACCGGGAGGUGCAGGGGAUGGGGUAGUCUCUAUGCAACAUAGUGUAGGGUCCAAGAGGGACAGAGGGGAGGUUUAAGAAAAGGUUCUUGCCUUCCAAGGAAUUGAAGACCCGCAUUGUACUUGGAAGAAGUUGAAAGCGGAUACAGAACAACACAGAAUGCUGUUUUGGAAGUGAAGCGAAAGUGGUCAUCUCGGUCCCUGCUAACCCAGCUGACAGGGCAGCCCUCUUCUCACCUUUCCUGAAAUGGCCAUUUACAGAGUUUUCACAUGUUGGCCAUCGUAAGGUGGCAAACCAGCAAAGCGGCUUUCGGAAGAGCCCCGUCCUCCGCCUGGAGAGGUUAGCAGCCGCCUCUGGCAGGGGCCCACAGGCGGACAGGAAUGGCCCUCCAUGGGCUGCUGUCCUGGUUGCGGGGCACCUAUAGAAUCAAGCGAAGAGGAACAAGGGCUUUGAUGUGUCCCCAUGGGGAGGGGGCGAUGGGACAUGUGUUAAUCCUCAGCCACAGGACCCUUGCCUGAUGCCCCAGGGCUCAGGAUAAAGGCCGCGGAGGGUGGAGCGGCGGGGCUGCACCUCCUGUGGGCCCCCCCCCCCCCGGCCCAAGCACAGCGGCCAGGGGUGCUGUGCCUGGGACAGUCUGAGGCCGCAGGGGGCCUCUACCGCUUUGCAGGGGUGUUUUCCUAGGGCGGUGAGAGUGGGGGUGGCUUGUGGUCACCUUUCUGCUCUGAGAUAUUCUGGUGUAGUGGUUAGAAUGACGAACUUCGCCAUUAGAGCUGAACUUUUGUCUUUCCUGCUAUGUGCCGGCUGUGUGAACUCAGGCAAAUUGUUGAACCUCUCUGGGCGUUAGCUCCCACAUCUGGAAACGGAUGCAGUUCUUACAUAAAGCCUUUAGCAGAGCGCCUCGCCCCUAGGAUUUGCUCAGUCCAUCGGCAGAGCUUUGAGCAGUGGUAUUUUAGGUUGGGGUGGCUGCAUGGCCGCUGGAGAGGCUGUCCCGUGACGGCGGAGCGCUCCCGCCUCAGAGGGUGAGUGGCACGAAGAGAUGUGGAUUCAGUGGCCGGCCAAGAGAUACAAUUCAAAGAAACCACAGAGCAAAUUACAGGGGUCUGGAGCAAGAGAGAAUGCAGGAGAAAUGAAGCCAGGGUCUCAAAGUCUGGUGUUUUGGGGAGCCUUGGGGCCAAACAGAAAAGUGUCUCCUUGUAACCUGGAAUCUUUUUCUUACUCAGAGGUAUUCCAUUGUAUGAACAUACACCGCAGACACUGCAGUCCCUUCAACAUAUGGCUAUUGUGAAUAAAACUGUCGUGACCAUGCUCGUUUUUGGACCUACAUUUUCAUUUCUCUUGGACGAGUAUCUCGUGGUGGGUUCACCGUGCGUCUCCCUGAUAUGCAUGACGUUGAACACUGUUCACUGUGCUUGUUUCACAUCCAUGUAUCUUCCUUGUGAAGUGUUGUU